GCCCACUAGCAAAUCCUUCACAACCAUUUUGGUUUAUGUGGAUGACAUAAUUGUGUCUGGAGAUUGUAUUGAUACCAUCAAUAAUCUCAAGGUGGCAAGGACUAAACAUGGCAUACAUAUAUGUCAAAGAAAAUAUGCUUUAGACAUCUUGAGGGAUUCAAAAACCAUUGGUUCAGCCCCAGCUAGAAUUCCCCUUGAUCAAAAUACAAAGCUCAGUAAAGAUGAAGGAGAAUUGCUCAAAGAUCCAUCAUUGUACAGAAGGUUAAUUGGAAGACUUCUUUAUCUGACAAUUACUAGGCCUGAUCUUGCGUAUUCAAUCCAGUUGUUAAGUCAAUUCAUGAAUAAUCCCAGAAUUCCACAUUUACAUGCAGCCCAUAAAGUGCUACGAUACAUCAAAAGGGCACCUGGACAAGGUUUGUUCUAUCCUACAAAUUCAAAGUUGCAAUUAGAAGGCUAUUGUGAUUCGGACUGGGGUGCCUGUUUGGAUACCAGAAGGUCCAUUACAUGUUACUGUGUAUUCAUUAGGAAUGCAUUAAUAUCAUGGAAGUCAAAGAAGCAUCAUGUUGUGUCUCGUUCUUCUAUAGAGGCAGAGUAUAGAGCAAUGGCAAACCUUUGCUGUGAAUUAACUUGGCUUAGGUUCUUAUUUAAGGACUUACAGAUUGAUCAUCCACAAGCAGCGGUUCUACAUUGUGAUAAUAAAGUUGCAAUCUAUAUAGCUACAAAUUCGAUUUUUCAUAAAAGAACCAAGCACAUAGAGCUUGAUUGCCAUCUUAUUCGAGAUAAGAUACAAGAUGGUAGUAUUAUCACCCGACAUGUACCAAGUACAGCACAAAUUGCAGACAUUUUAACUAAGGCCUUAAAUUCUCAAAGUUUUUAUUAUUGUGUGUCCAAGAUGGGAGUAAUGGAUAUAUACUCUCCAUCUUGCAGGGGACUGUUAAAGAUUGAGGAUGAUUCAGUUGCAACGUUGCCAAGAAACAAGCCAUGUGAACUUACUGGGACAAUUCAGUUAGAAAGUUGGCAGGAGACAAAACCAUAUGAAUUUUGUAGCAAAGGAACAGAAGAAUG